UGCCCCCAAACAACACCUCUAGAGGAACCGCGGUUUGGUUAGAUUUUCAUAAAAGCACAUAUAUAUUAGGUGAAUAAGUGAAGAAAGUGGCUACAAAACGCAAUACUUAAUUGGACGGUUUCGACCCGCUGGCGCCAUCAGCAGACGCAAAACAAGAGAGCAAGUUCACCGAGUUUCCAUUGUUCAGUUGCCGACACGACUUGAUGCCGAAGCAGACUUUGUUUCGGAAAUUCCCUCAUUCUCCGUCUGAAACAGAUGGAUUUUAACUGGUAAUUGGCAAAAUGGGCCCUCGACAAUUGAGAUUAAUAACUGUUGAAUUCGCUCUCCGUACUAAAACAAUGCAAGAAUAACAUUUCCAUUUGAAGCAGAGUAAAAUAGCAAUCACCUCCAUCAUCGCAUCGCAUCACAUCAAUCACGAAUUUCACCCCAAAAAACACGUCAACGUCAUUUCCUUUCACUCACCUGGGAAAAAAUUUCGAAAAAUGAAAACCAAUCAGGAAAAAUGGCCAAUUUUUGCACCAUUUGAAGUAGUGGUACACAACACCCCUCAAGACUGCUGGGUGUCUUUUUUGGGAAAAGUUCUGGAUGUAUCGCCGCUCAUUGAAAAGUACAAUGGGCAAAAAUGCAUAAAACCGCUCCUCGCCAUGGCUGGCAAGGACAUCAGCCAUUGGUUUGACGAGAAAACCCAAGACAUUCAGCACCACAUUCAUCCAGAAACUGGCGUUAGAGUCCCUUAUUGCCCCCAUGGGGCUAUUCCAGAUGUCCAAGUGGAGGUUCCAGCCGCUUGCUGGAAACCUCUGGAUCGACCACCUUGGUGGCAAGAUGAACAGUAUCAGGUGGGGUUGCUGAGUAAAAAAAUCAGACCUUUGCGAAUCAGGAACAUGCUGACUCUUUCAGAGGUGACCAUCAAUGUGUGCUGCGAAGACACGUUUUACAGAAUAUUGGAAAGAUUCAGCAUAUUCAACAGCGAUGCCGACAGCUACACUUGGAGAUAUCUAGACAAGAACAUUGAUAUGUCGAAGACACUGGAAGAAAACGGCAUUGCCGAUGAACGCGACAAGUUCACAGAGCUGGGAUUACCGCAAAACUUCUACAUUCCCAGCAUUUUCCUUUAUUAUAAUGACGACCUGAAAUGGGCGCUUGAAGAUGACGAAGAUAAUUAAUAAAUAAAUGCAUUUCUUUCGCAAAACCAA